CUUCCAGCGGAGUUACCCCACCCGGUGAAGACUCGUGGUCUCUAGAAUAAAACUCAUCCAAAAUGGACACACUUUUACCAGCUUUUAUCGACGCUGAGGAGCAAGAACAGGCUCAAGAAAUCCGUACCUUCCUAAAGGAGCAAGGAGCUGAUCUUAAAGAAGAGAGCAUAACGCCUCUACAGGAUGAGCUCGCCGAGAUACUGGAGUGCUGUCAAGUAUGCUUUAAAGAAGAUGCAGAGCUUGAAAGUGUAAUGAACAGCAUUCUAUCACUGGUGCUAGUGGUCCCAGAGAAAAGAAAUGAGCUUAUAAAAAAAUGCUGUGAUAAACUGAAGGCAAACAUGUCAGAAGACGAGAACUCAUCUGCGGCAGCCCGGCUAAGAGUUUUGUCAGUGCUGUUCAGUGGCUUGCCUGAAAAAGACCCCAUGCGACAUGAAGUAUACUGCACCCAGCUGACUAUUGCAGCCAAAGCAAGCCUUGUAGAUGACAUCCCUACAGAACUUGAGUUGGUCAAGGGAUGGCUGGGACUGUGGGAUGUUGAUGCUGACCAGAGACGGCAGGUUUUCAGGCUAUUACAUGGUGCUUUACAUGACGAGAAACGCAGUGAGGAGGCAUCCAAAGUAAUGAUUGAGUUACUGAGUACAUACACAGAUGAGAAUGCCUCUGCCGCUAGGGAGGACGCCAAGAGUUGUGUUGUUAGCUGUCUGACCAAGCCCAACGUUUUGAUCAUGGAUAAUAUCCUUUCCCUCAAGCCUGUAGCAGUUUUGCAAGGGGAUCCCAUAUAUCAGCUUUUACAAAUUUUUGUCUCUGGUGACGUUCAGGACUACAAGAAGUUUUAUGACAGUAAUACAGACUUUAUCAAUUCUAUUGGUCUGUCUCAUGAAAUGAAUCUUAAAAAGAUGCGGGUCCUCACAUUGAUGUCCAUUGGCAAAGAGACAGAUGAAAUUUCAUAUGAAGAUCUUGCUACAAAACUUGGUAUCUCCAGCGAUGAAAUUGAACAGUUUUUGAUUGAAGCUAUCCAGACAGGGCUUGUUAAAGCCAGACUCGACCAAGUCCAUAGGAAAGUCAUUAUAAGUUCGGUUGCCCAAAGGACCUUCGGAAUUAACCAAUGGCAGAACUUACACAGCAGACUUGUCAAGUGGCGGGAUAACCUCCUCUCUGUCCGCGGCGGUCUACAGUCAGUUGUGCCUCCUAUCACUGUCUGAUAACUUGUAAAAUGAUGCUAAUAAAACAUGAAAGAACAACAA